GUCUGUGCCUGAGUGGAGAAGCUCUCAAAGUAUUUGGUCGCUUGUCUCCAGAAGAGGCACUUGACUACGAGAAAGCCAAGUUCGCAUUAUUGCAGCGUUUUCGUUUCACGGCCGAGGGCUACCGGGAGAAGUUCCGGCAUAGCAAACCUCAAGAUGGAGAGACAGGCAAGCAGUAUGAAACGAGGUUGGCAAGCUUUUUCGACAGAUGGAUGGAGAUGUCCAAGACAGCAAAAUAAUAUUCGGCUGUUCGAGAUCUCAUAGUGGCUGAGCAAUUUAUCAAUCAAUGCCAUAACCAUGUGGCGCUUUUCCUACGGGAAAGAAGUUGUCGUAAACUAGAUGAAAUGGCCGAGGCUGCAGACAAUUUUUUAGAGGCCCAACAACAGUCAAAUUUGUUGGUUUUUCGCGACAAAACGGAGAACGGCACCGCAGGAAAAUGCGGAAGUACAGCUGGGAAGUCUCCCACCCGAUGUUUUGUCUGUGAUAAAACAGGUCACAGAGCAGCAGAUUGUCGUGCUCGGACGAGACAACCGUACUGUGACUACUGUCACAAAACGGGGCAUGAUAUUAAUGCAUAUACCAGAAAGCAGAACGUCACAAAGAAGGCUUCUUGUAUCUUGUCGCCAGAGGAAAAGGCAGAAGUAGUUAAUGAUAUACCUGUGGACAAGCAGGAAGAGAAUAUGGCCAGUGCGGUAAAUAUGCAGCCAAAGUCAGAAAAACACCCGAUGCCAGCGCUGCAAGGCAUUAUAUUCGGCCAAGCUGCUUCUGUCCUACGGGAUACAGGAAGCAAUACAAUGGUGGUACGGCGUUCUUUGGUGCCAGAUGAAGCACUGACAGGAACCACGACGGCUUUAUUCUUAGCAGACGGGAGCCGGAUCACUGUACCCGAGGCGAAAGUGGAGAUUUUUUUGCCAUAUUUUUCGGGCAUGUGUAUCGUGAAAUGCAUGUCCUCCCCGCUAUAUGACAUCAUCGUUGGCAAUGUGCCAGGAUCUCGUGCUGCUGAUGACGCUGACAAGAAAUGGAAAGAAAAACUGGCUGAAGGGAACUUCAAUCUGAACGGCGUAGCCGAGACCUUGUAUACAAAGAAAGAAGACCAUCGGUUAAAGGCAUCACUUGGUAGUAUGAAGUACACAAGGGUCCGGCCGGACUCAGCUGCAAUCAGCGUCAGCAGUUUGAAGAUGAACAUGAGAGAGCUCGAGAUAGCCCAAGCAGAAGAUAAGACUCUGGAGGGUUGUAAGAACAAAGUCGGGGAAGUUUUUUAUGGCAGAUGAUCGACCCAGUAUUCCUUUGUCCUGGAGAAGUCAUUGUUGUAUCGCAAUUACCGACUAUCCUCUGGCAAAUUGGUACAGCAGGUGGUAGUUCCUCUCAAGCUGCAAAGUCAAGUGUUGAAGAUGGCCCAUGAGAGUUUGAUGUCCGGGCAUCAAGAAGUAACAAGAACGAUUGAUCGGGUGUUAGGUUCAUUCUAUUGGCCAGGGGUCCUGGAAGAAAUUAAAAGAUACGUGCGGUCCUGCGACACGUGCCAAAGAAUGUAUCCAAAGCACAAAGUAGGAAAGGCACCUCUCGGGAAAAUGCCCCUGCUUGACACU